AUGACUUACGAUUUGAAGGCUAAUAUUCGAAAGCCCAAGACCAUAUCGUGCGGUCACAAAUUACGGCUUAAAUGUUCAAGCCUGAAUGCCGAAAGUUGUCGUUCGUUUCCGUCUGACGAAUACGGUGAUUGCGACGAAGAAGGAUUUUGCGAAGAAUGGAAUGCUGCCAAAAUUUAUAUGAUACUCGCAAGCAUCAUAGGUGGUGUGGUACUUAUGUACUUGACAUAUGUAAUUUUUUUUGGUGGACAGGCCCAUCGAGAGGAUGCCUGGAAGUUUAUUACUUUCGGUAUCGGAAUGUUGUCAUUUCUUCAGAUAGCCACCAUAUUCUUGAUCGUUCAUCUUUAUCACACUUCCGACAAAUUUUACUACGGUGUAAAAUUUGACGAUACAAUUCAAUAUCGGAAUAUGAGACGGUGA